UUGCUAUGGGACUGGCAUUGGGGUGGUGCUGGCAUGGAAGCAAGCAACCCUAGGCACUGAACUGGUGCAUGGAGGGCAUGGCCUUCCCUAUUCUGCUCUGCCAUUUUCUGGGAUGCAAGUGAAAAAUCAAAUAACUUUCACUGAUCUCACUGAAGGGGAGAGGAUAAGCUCCAAAAGUAGUCGCACCAGGGAGAUGAUACAGGAAUUACCAAUGUUGCCUCCCAAGAUCUGUAAUUACCAGGAAAAUUACAGAAAUAGUGUAUCAAUAAAUAGCACAAAUUGUGAAAAGGGAUUUUUGAUUGGAACCAAUGCCACGGCACUGCAAAGCACUGCCACUUGUGCACCAGUACAGUGCCACAGUUUCUGUCUGAAUUUGCUCCCCUCUUUACCUUUCUGAAAAGAUGUAGAUAUCUUAUGAUGUAAUAAAAUAUUUCCAAAAAAGCUAAAACCAAUAUCUUUACAAUAUAGUGACUAAUACUCCUUCCACCAGCUUUGGGCACACUGAAUCCCAGCACGCCUACUCUCACCUUUAAACACAAGGUGUGUGUUGGGCAGGAGCAUGGGGACAGGAGAGUGGCUGGUGGUCACUGGGCUCAGCUGGGCACAACACUGCAUCAGCACCUUGGGCACCUGGCACUGCAGCAGGCAAGAAGGCAGAGGCAUGUGGGCUCAGUGUAGCAGGAGCCCCUGGAGCAGCACUCACCCCAUUUCCCAGCAGGAAAGACAUACGAGGAGCACUGUCCUUGCAGCCACCUCAAUGACACAAAUAACGUGCUGCAGAGCUGAGGGGGACAAAUUGUAAACCUCCAGCUAAGAACAAUGAUAAUGAAAGCACAGAAGUGAAACUUCAUUACCUGCAUCUGCUCAGGAUCUGCCCUGAGGGAUCCUUUCAAGUUUUCUGGGUUGUUUUAACUCUCUGAGUCUGGCUCCUGUGCUUGCUCUGAUGUGCUGGUGCUGGCUGUGAUUCCUUCCCUUUUUUUGUCACUUCUUUAACCAAACAACCAUCUUCUCCUCCCGGUACUGUGCAUACAGACACAUAGCAUCGUGCAUUCAAAGCUCAGGCACCUAAAACCAGGAAAGCAGAAAGAAAAGCAUAAUGUGAUUUUUGAUCAGCUGUUCCAGGAAAGAGCCUAAUAAUGCUUCCUAUUACCAGCAGCACAAGUGGAAGUGAGACCAGCAACUGGACAAGGACAACAGCCCAGCUCCAUAGGUGAGCUCAUUUCCUCCUGAACAGAAAAGUCUCCCCUGUGAACUUUUGGUCUCCUGGGGCAGGAGAAUGCAUUUCAGCACUGCUGAUCUUGCUUUGAACAGCUCUGAAAAUUAGAGAUUCCCAUCUCCUUUUGAAAGGGUGAUGGGAAUGAGGAGGGCAUCUACCACCUCCCAGUGCCCUACAGGGCUGCAGGUCAGGCAACGGACCAGCAUACCUUGUGGCUUCAGCCCAGGGAUGAGGCCAAGCAGCUCUGCCAAGGCAUAGUGAAAGGCCUGGUGAGGUGUGAAGGUUUGACAAAAAUGGCUUUGUGUUCUGGGCUUUGCUUAUGACCAAGGUGAGCAGCCCUGAGAGCAGAAGGGUGCAAGCAGCCCUUAUGUAGUAAAACCAGGUAUGCCCCACCCUAAUUAACUUUACCUGCCUUCAGCUGGCAUUGGGUUGCCUUGAGGUACACGCCGGUCCUUCUAAGCACCAGAUUUCUACCUGAGGCCAUUUAGAUGCUUCAGCUUCAGCUCCUAGUGACCACAAGCAGGCAGCAUGCCACUGGCAGGUAGUGUUCCCAGUGCUCAGUCCCAGUGUUACAGUGUCCCAGGAAGGCUUGGGGCUUUGACCAGCUAGGCUCAUUGUCACUCCAGAAGGUUUCAUUAAGUUCGCUUUUACUCAAAUGCUGGUAAUGAGUUGCACGUACUUUUGACAUCUACAUCCAUACCACCUGCCUCCAGUGUACUUUGCACUGUAUACUAACCUGUCUGAGGGCAAUGCAAUGCUAGGUGGCUAACAGCAAAGCACAUUGUCCAGGGCAUUAUUCAGAUUACUGGGACAUGGUAAUCGAUCCCCAAACUUCCAGCAGGGGAUCUGGGAGGAAGAUCUCACUGGCCUCCUUGCAAGGUCUGGGGGAUGGAGCCCACCACAAGGCCUCGGUGCCCAGAAUACCUUCAGGGGUUGAGUUAUUUGGAGGUUAGGAAAGGAUUAGUGCCUUAACAACAGCACUCUGCCCAGCUAGGAUCAUGCUCCCCAUCUAGAAAGGCCAGCAAUAAGAAGCAAGCCAAGCUGUACUGAGGAUCAGCAGACCCGUGUUCUGACAGGCAUGACAAUACAGUUGGGCACUGGCAAACUUGAGGAUGCAGGAAGACACAGAUCUAAAGCACUGUACCCGCUGUUCCUGUGUCAUAGCCUGGCCUCACCACAGCCUCCUGCUGCACCCUAAAUCCAACCCAACCCCUCAUGGCAGGGCUGUCCCAGCCACCAGCUCAUCUCCUGGCUGCGUAGAUAAUGGGAAACCAAGCACGGGAGUUUACAGUUCAGUGGAAAGUUCUACUGCCAUCUUAAAUCAUAAAGCCCAGCUGCUGACACAGCAGAAGCUGCAAAACAAACGGAGCAUUUGAGCAAUCUGCAGGUUGGAGGCUGCCUGAAGGAGAAUAAGCGCGGUGUCUCACAGCUCUGCUGGAUGGAGAGGGAAAGGAUAAACCAAAAGAGGAGGUUAAAACUCAUCAGAAUGCCAUUGUAAUGCUCUGUGUGGCACUUCAAAGUUAGCCUGCAAUUGAGAGAAAAUGGCAGCUGAGAUUCAACGUCUGCAAAUACAAAGCAAUGCACAAGGCAAAAAAACAAACACCAAAUAUGUAUACACACGCACGCAAUAACGAGCUCUAGAGGAGCUAUUCUGGGUUGGGAGAUGGACCCGGGGCAUCAUUGUGGAUAGGGCUGCGAUAACACCGCCCCUGUGGCAGGUGGACAACAUGGAGCUGGUGCUAGGAGAGUUGAGAGAAAGGGCACAGGGAAGAAAACAGAACUUGUCCAAACCCAGCAGCGAUGCACAUGGAGCAGCUGGCCCGGCUCUGCUCCCACAUCUCCAAGUUCAAGCCCUACAAGACCAGCGAUGGGGAUCUCCUGUAGCUGGGAAGUCCACCAAGGCCAGGAACCCCCUCCUGCCCCUCCUGCACAGCCCCUGGAUCAGCACUGAAUGCAAAAUGCCCACGGAAGAGUUAACGCGUGCUCCUCAGCCAGGCAGCCUGCAAUCUUCUUCUCCACCCAACGGGACUCAAAUAACCUAAUUCUUGCUCUACAUUUGUAUGGACUCUCCUUCCCCCAGAUCACCCCUGGAGAAAUGACAGCUACGUGGUAAAUACAUGUAAUCAUGCCACUCUGAUAGCUUCUCUUGUUCUCUGGCCAUUAAUUCAUCUCCCUGGGACUUAGGUGAGCAUUUUGCAUCCCGCAGCAAAUUCAAAGAUCUGCCUUUAUUUUAAAAUCAACACAACGAUAAAAACCUUUCUCCUUCCCCUCCUCAAAAUGUAAAUUUUUAGCUUCAAAAAUAUCCUGGCACACAGACAGCUGUUGCUAGCCAUGACCUUACCUCUGGCCAAUGACAGAUUUCCCAUGUGUGAAAAAUUGCAGGGCUUUAACAACCUCCUGAAUGCCCUAGUGCCAAGGCCAGGGCUUGGUGCUGAUGGGGCUGAUAGUAGGGACAUGAGCACAUGACAAAUUGUUGGGUAUGGUACGGGUCAAGGUAUGGUGGGACUUGGUGACCCUGAAGCUCUUCUCCAGCCUGGAUGAUUCCAUGAGCAGCACCCACCACAAGCAAAACCUUCACUUCGUGAUAAAACCACAACCAGAAAUCUCAUUGCUCCACCCUCAGAGUAUUCUUUGUUUGGGAAAAAAAAUGAGGAGCAAAGAAAAAAUGCAAAAGUGUCCUGCAAGAAGAAUUGCAUUCUCCUGGAUGAUCAUCAUUUCUAGGAAAGCACAACUUCCUACAAAUGCUUUCAUUUCUCUGGACAUACGCUGUAGCCAGGUCAUAGUGAUGGCAGAGCAAUGCUGAUGGCUGGAAUAUCCAAGUCACUGUUAAAAGAAAGAAAACAUCAGCACAACCAUGGACAAAACGCACCAGCUCUGCUCCCAGCUUUCGCGGUUAUGUUCCUCUGGGGGGCUUGCAGCACUCUGGCUCAUGGCCAUGGCAUAACUCAGGUCACACAAGUGCUGUCUUCUUUCAUCUGUGGCUUCUGCCUGGAUUUGUCCCUGUUGAUGCUAGACCACCACUUUCCUGGUGAUGGAGAGGAUCCAUGUGAAGAGCACAUGCAGUUUGGGAGCAGCAAGGAAAGCACUGGGAUGGGAGGCAGCAGCAGAGCGUGUCAUGCUGGUCUGCAGGAUGAUGGAAAUGGAAACCACAGACCACAGCCACUACCGAAGAGAGACCUCAGUGGCCAGCAAGCUCCCAAGGAGCCCCACAAGCAGAAGCAAACUGUUACUUCUUACACUAAUGAAGGAACCCAGGUGACGGUGGAGAUCCAUCCCAAGGGCACCUCCCCACAGUUCUUCAAGAAGCUCUCCUUUGGGAAAGGUCCCCGGAGAGUGCCCAGCCUGAGAGGCCAGGACAACAAAGCUUUUGAAAGAACCGAAGCCCCACGGCCACCAAGCGCAAAAGACUUUCACGUGUAUCCAUGGGACAAAUCCUCUUUGAAAUCCCUGGCAGUGGAUCUGCAGAAAUUUGAGAAGCUGGAUGCCUAUGCAUUAAAAGUGAACACCAAGGGCAGUGUAGAGGAGCUUGUCCAAACCCUGCUUAAACAAGCCCGCACAGACCUGGAGAAAGUCCGUGCCAUAUGGAUGUGGAUAUGCCACCACAUAGAGUACGACGUAGUGGGCUUCCAUAACAAAAGCCUGCGGCUGUGUGAACCCACGGAUGUGCUGCGGUCAAGGAAGAGUGUCUGCGAGGGAUACGCUGGGCUCUUCCAGCAAAUGUGCAGAGUCGCGGGGAUCCAGUGCAUGAAGCUGUCGGGGUACUCCAAGGGCUAUGGGUACAAGGUGGGGCAGACCUUCCAGGGGAACUCCGACCAUGCCUGGAACGCCGUCUACCUCGAUGGGCGGUGGCACCUCCUCGACAGCACCUGGGGAAGCGGCAUUGUUGAUGAUGCCUCAACCAAGUUCACCUUCAGAUACAAUGAGUUUUACUUUCUGACUCACCCAGCUCUGUUCGUGAACAAUCACUUCCCAGAUAACAGCAACUGGCAGCUCCUCAAACCAACGCUGACACUGAAGCAGUUCGAGAGCAACGUGCAGCACAACAGCGACUUCUACAAGCUGGGGCUGCUGGCUGCACACCCACAGACAGCCCUCAUCCAGACAGAAAAUGGAAUGGCCACCAUAUCAGUGGAGUGCCACCCUUCCACAUUAUUCACCUUUAAGCUGGAGGGAACAGACAAACAUGGCUUGUUGACCUUGAGAAAGCAGGGGAUGAUGCUGGAGCUCUACCCCCAGAAGACGGGACGCCAGGAGCUGCAGAUCUUCGCCAGAUCCUCCAAAUCCACAGAAGAUGUCUACACCUGCGUGCUGGAGUACAUCGUGGAGUGCAAGUCCGUGGACAAGAGCAGGCGGUUCCCAAAGGACCUACACCAGCCCGUGGGGCCGAGCUGGUUCACGGAGCGACAGGGCUUCCUGCGGCCCUCGCACCCUGACCCCAUCAUUCACACCAACGACGGGCGCUGCACCCUCACCUUCACCCUGGGGAAGGACAUCAGCAUCCUGGCCUCACUGCACACCAACGGCAGCAGCCUGAGCGAGGAGAUGAGCAGGCAGCACAUCAUGCAAAUCCACCGCGGCAACCAAGUUGAGUUUAAGGUCCACCUGCCCCACGCGGGGACCUUUGUUCUGAAGUUCUUCACCAAGAAGAAGUCAGACCCCGGCAGUUACAGCUUCGUCUUCAACUACCUCAUCACCUGCCUGAACACCGAGGUGAAGUGGCCUGCCUUCCCGCUGAGGUACAGCAACUGGGCCGAGGGCUAUGAACUGCUGGAGCCGCUCUCCAGGCUGCUGCCAGCCAACCGCAACGUGCAGUUCAAGCUCAAAAUGCAGGGGAUAUCGAAGGUGCUGGUGCAGGCGGGGGACACCUACACGCUGACCCUCAGCAGAGACGGCUUCUGGGAGGGGACCUGCAACACCGCUGGGUGCACGGAGCUGUUUGUCAUGGUGCACGAGAACGCCAACCACAGCUACUACUCACACGUCCUGAAGUACAACGUUGAGACGCAGUAAUGACUCCUCCUCGUUCCCCGGCUCUCCUGCACCACCCAACGCGUCCGAAAACUAAAUACCGCUUUAGGAGAUUGUUUGCUCUCUCAAGCAAGGUUGUUCCAAUGCAGAGCAAUGCUUGCAUCCUCCUGCAAGACCAAGGGCUCAGAGAAGUUCAGAGGCAAAAAAUCCUGUGACAAAGGGAGCAGCAGUGCAAGGAACUAAAUCAACCCCCCAGCCAUGUUUCAGCAGCACUGUCCAGGCAACGCUUUGGAGAAACCAAUGGCCAUGUGGCCGUGGGCCUUUGGCAGCGAUGGCUGCUUUCCAAACUACAGACCACAAGAGAAGUCUUACUGCGACUACCUAGAGUAGAACCCACCUCAUCACGGGGCAGGAUGAAGAAAGCACCCUCUGGUUUUGAGCAGCACUAUAGGGCACGGGGAAUUUCAGGCUAUUUAAACCAGGUUUCUGUACAACUUUAGACAUCCCAGGAGAGAGAAGUGUUGGGAAGAAGAUACUGACGUUUUCUUGUGCACUUCAUUGUCUUACACAUUUCAGCAAUACUGCGAAAUGACUUCUUACACUGAAUCUUAAAUUCAGUAAACAAAAUAAUUUUUACCUUUUUAUAUUAGAGCAUUUGAAUUGUAAGCACUUUUUUCUUCUGUACUAUUAGCACUGUAAUCGUAUCUCAAGUAUAGAGGUGUUUGCACAAUCAAAAGUAUAGCAAAACAGAGAAUAAAGAUCUCAAAAAUUG